UCAUCAAAUGGUUCAGAUAACGCUUGAGGGAAAAAGACACAUGUAGUGAGUACAUGCCGCUCCCAUUCCGUCUAAUAACCCGGACGCUGAUUCAACGAAAGCAGUAACAUCUGGCAACCAGACCUUGUGAGAAGGCAUCUUUUUUCCCAUGAGAGGAAUAUUAUCGAUUUAUCUCUAGGCACUGCAGUUGCCCCACGUGUUCCUAGGAACGGUAUCUUGAGACAAGAGGUCUAUUUGAACAGGUUUCAUUUUCUCUUAGGACUUUUACUAACACUCGGGCAGGAGGACGCCGCAUUUUUGGAAACCAGUCGCCAUGAAGCGAUUCAUUGUUUUAUCCCUCUUGCUGGUGCCCACCCUGUCAAAAUACAAAGGAAAGUGCGGAAAGCCUGAAAUUCCGCCUGACACCGACGAGGGAGACAGGAUCAUCGGCGGUCGCACUGCAGUAGGCGGAAGUUGGCCAUGGCAGGUCGGCAUCUACACGACCAAGUACUCACACUUCUGCGGCGGCGCGCUCAUCAGUGACCAGCACGUGUUGACAGCGGCCCAUUGCGUCUGGGAAAGGAUGGCGACUGAUAUCAAUGUUCACCUUGGCUCGCACCAACGCCUAGCCAUGGACAGCACCGAAGUGUUGGUCGGAGUGGAUGAUGUCUGCGUGACUCCCAAUUUUCGCACUACUGGAAAGAGCGCAGGCUUCGAGGACAUUGCCAUCCUAAAGCUGAGCCGCCGUGUAAACACCAGCGCAACGGUGCAGCCCGUCUGCUUGCCAGCGAGCGGCCAAGAACUGGCCAGUGGAUCGGAGCUCUACAUCACGGGCUGGGGUGCCACGAAAGCGAAAAAUAUGAAGUCGAAGUCACUGGAACUCAAGCAGCUUCUGACCACAGCCAUUCCAACCAAGGAAUGUUCGGACAGGGAUGGUGUACCAGCACCCCCAAGUCGCUUCUGCGGCACGCACCGUUCCGGUUCAUCCUGCUACGGUGACAGCGGAGGACCCGUGGUCCACAAAGCCAACGGUACCUGGACCCUGCACGGCAUCGUUACUGGCGGUCCUAUCGUCUGCGGUUCAAACGCGGACCCGCUGUUCUUCGCCAAGACAUCUUACUACGUGGACCACUUCAUCCAGCCGUACAUGGACCCGCGUACGCCUCGGAGGGAUAUUAGGAAGAUCUGCAGGCUCACCUAAGGUGUUUAUUUUUGCAAGCUGUGAUUUUGCAAUAAACAUAAUGGCGUGCUGUAA